AUGCCACCCAAAUCCGCGCGGAGAGGGUCAGUAGCACACGCGCUAGUGCCACCGGCGUUGACGAUGGAAGCCGCGCCAUCCCCACCGCCGGCAGAGCCGCAGUUGCACAGCCGCCGCACGCGGCAGGAAUCAGCGCUGCUGUUCUGGUUAGAAGCCGCGUGCGCUGCACCGGUGUCACGCAGCUCAACGAAUGCCGACCGCGCCUCCGCAUCCUCCAGCUCGACGACCGCCGCUGCGGCAACCCCCGUAGCCGAAACCAAAAGAGAACCUUCGGUGGACCUCGUCUCACGGCCACCUCCGGAGGAGCAGCUGAAGCAGCAGCCGCGGCACGGAGGCGCAUCAACACAGGAAACAGCUACUCCGGAAGUGUCGGCCGCCGCUGGCGCAUCCGUGGAAGAGGCCCCCUCAACUUUUCUUGUGCAGACCGUGACAACGAAACCACUACCGCCGCCAGGCGAGAUACGAGGGGGUGGUGAUGCGAGCGGAUCUAGAAAGACAGCGGAUGCGCCUCCUACACCUGCCACCGAGCAUCCAGUACCGCUUCCUCACCUUUCCUGGGGCACGGGUCCGCGUCGUCUCGUGGUUGCCGACGCAGUGCCCCUCUUCGACUCCCUUCUCGCCGGCCGCCUCGGCCCGGUUGCGGUGGAUGUGCAGCUGCAGGGGCACACGCGCCUUUCGCGGCAGCCACAGCAGUUCGAGGCAGUGCUGCAGGCGUACGAGCGGCAAACUAUCAGUGAGUUGCGGGAAGCUCUGAGUAACGUGCAACCGUUCUUUCUUCUCUGCAACGCCGGAGGCGGGGCAGAUAUGCGCGUGAAUCACUCGGAAGCGUCGGGAGGUGGCAUGGAUGACGAAGACCACCCGCAAACUGCACUUGGUGCCGCGGUGCUGUCGACCUCCCCAGUGCUGUAUACGAUGCACCCCGCUAACAACUACCCUGUUUUGCCCCUCCUCGCCCAGCUGCUGCGUGCGCCGCAGGUGACGAAGCUCCUCCUUCACAGUCGCCUGCUCUACCGCCUUCUUUUUCUGUUUCUGGGGACGGACCGAGUGGAGCUGAGCAGUGUCGUCGACCUGCCGACAUGGGCGGCGCUGGGGCAGCAGUCGCGGCCCUCCCUCGCGCUGCUCUUUCAUGUGCCAAUAGAGGGUGUCGGAUCCUUCCCCGACAUCGCGGCGGCGCUUCCCUCCGAAGCGCGGCAGCUGCUCGACGAGGAGACACAGUCGAUGGCGCAGCAGCAGCCACUUCAUGCGACCCGGCCUGUGGGGAGCGAAAGUGACUCCGAGCUCGACAGUGUGCAGGAGGCGAGCACGGACGGCAGCGACGGCGCCGGCGACACGGAGGAUGACGGGGAUGAUGACGGGCGUCACGAAGGCGGCGACGCGCAAGCAGUGGCAGCAGACGGGGCGGCGGAGGAUGCACCGGCAGAUGCGGUGCAGCUUCUUCAGCGCAUUCGACCUUUGGCCGAGCAGCCCCUCGGCGGCAACAAACGCAAUGCGAGCGGCGCCGACUUUGGCUCAGCUGUCCGAGCAGUCGGUGUGAAACGCCGUCUCUUGCGUUCUCGCCAGCGGCAUCGUCGCCGCCCAUACGACAGCGGCCCCUCUCUCUCCUCGUCCUCUUGCGCGGACGCACCUGCCCUCGCCGACGUCUAUCACGGGCUGAAGACGAUAACACUGUUCUACGCCCAUGUGUUGUCGAGGCUGCUUGACGUAGUCGAUCCGGGCGCAACCGGCGUGGCUGCACCCAGUGCUGGAAUAGCCGCUCUGCCGCUGGCAACCCCGCGCUGCGGUGGCGACGCUAUGACGUCGCCCGUCUCGGCAGCAUGGUACCGCUUCUCCCCGUCGGAGUUGUGCGCGCUGCGCACCUACGCGGAUUUCCUCUGCGAGCUCAUGGCGUACCACGGCCUCUUUGUGAACGACACAGUGGCGCACGGGAUGCUGACCGCCUUGGACGUGCAAAUGGCCGCCAUCGACGAUGUGGGGAUGCGCGUCGCGGCAGCCAUUAUGGCGACCACGGAGCCCGCUGCGCCGUCCGCCACCGCAGAGAAGGCCGAAGGUUGUCAGUGGAGUAUUGUGAUUGUCCAUCAGUGCUUGGCUCGACUUAAUGCCGCUGCAACGACGCCCGAGAUACCGCGAGCGGUGAACGUCCAAUAUCUACGUGUCCUGGCCGCGCAGGCGAAGCAGAGCAGCGGCGCGCGGGCUGAACAGCUUCGACUGGGAUGCCAGCUUGUGUGCGUGUGGAUGGCGUAUCUAGAUCGGGCUACGACUAGAAACCGUCUGCAUGAUAUGUUCCGAAAGGUCGCAGAUAAACUGCACGUGUGCGUGCUGGAGAAGCCGCGCGACGCAGCCGCAGAGGACGGCACUGCAGUGCCGGAUGCGUGGACGGCACAGGCGUCUCAGGUGUGCUACUCGAUGCAUCCAGACUGGGUGCUGCACAACACGUCGACUGGCCGCAUCUUUUCAGCGCUGCCAAACGUGCAGAACUUGCCGAAGCAACCGCCUCGCACGAUGUUCCCGAUCCACGCGCUUUCCGCCACGCCAAGCCGCAACAGCGGCGGCGAUGAGUCCCUGCGCCCCUACAGCCACAUCGACCCGCCCACGGAGGAAGAUGUUGAGCGGUGGUUGUCGCUCGCGGAGGCCGCCGCGGUUGAUCAGGCGUCGCCGGCACAGUUUCCUCUCUUUCCCGAGAACCCGCAAUGGACGCUGCGGCACCUCUACUGCGCCCCUCCUGGUUGUUUGCUCGCCUCGUUCGACUUCAACCAGCUGGAGCUGCGCCUGCUCGCCCAUCUCAGCGGCGACGCUGCUCUGCAGGAGCACCUGUCUGCCAACGUAGAUGUCUUGGCGCUCGUGACAGCCAGUGUUCUGCGCCUGCCAUCUAUCGACCGCGUGCGCCCACAGCAGCGGCAAGCCGUGAAGGUAGUUGUGUAUGGCCUCCUGUACGGCAUGGGGCUGGAGUCGAUGGAUGUGCGCAUCAAGAAGAUCAACGAGGAGUUUGCAGCAUCAGAACAGCAGCAGCACCGCGGAGAAGCCUCCUCGUCCGCGCCGGCGCCGAUGCCUGCACGUGAUCUUCUCAGGCGCUUCCACCGCGUCUACCCGCGCAUCGAGAGUUAUCUUCGUGAGACUCGACAAGAGGCGCUGCGCUCCUUCGCGGUGGAGACGCUGUCCGGCCGCAAGUCCCUCAUUGCCGAGAAGGACGCGAACCGGCGGAAGCAGCGAGCCAUUGCGCAGGCCGUGCAAGGCGGCGCGGCCGACGUGCUGCACAGUGCCAUGCGGGCCGUUCAUCAGCAGCGUCACAGCUUUCUGCCGUACCUCCCUGCUGCACCGCUCGCACUCGUAAUGAGCAUUCACGACGAGCUCGUCUAUGCUGUUCCGCGGGUUGCGAUCGACGAGGUGGUGCGAGGAGUGCAGCGCAUCCUCGAGGACCAGGCGCGAGUGCUGCGGCUGGCCGUACCCCUGCCGGUGUCCGUGCGGGUCGGGAACUGUUUUGGCGAACUGGCUGAGUUCCGCUCCACAGGGGGCUGA